AUGAUUUCUUUCUUACUAUCUCGUGCUUCUGCAUUAACGUAUGAAGCUAAAUAUGGAUAUAACACAGCCCCAAUAGAAGAAGGCAAAGCUACAGACAUCGACUUUUCCAAACUUCAAAUGAAAUAUGGAGAUUCAUAUGUUUUAUUACACAACUAUCAAGACAUUGAUAAAAAGCGAAUAAGCAAAAGAAAUCAAUUUGCAAGUAUUGAAGCUGAUGGAAAGACAAAUUCUGCAAAUUUUACCGUGCUUCAAUAUAUUCCUUGCCUAUAUGAGAACUUUAUUUUUGGAGUAUCUAAUAUGCCUACAUAUGCUGAAAUAAAUCCAAAAAAUUCACAGGCCGAGCAUUGUUUUUACAUUGCAACAUCUAAGAUUGCAAAUAUCAAAAUUAAGUGCAAUUUGAAUACUUCAUGCCAUUAUAAAGUUUAUGAAGACCUGAUUAAUCGUGUUGAGAGAAGUGAAAGCGAAUUAAUCUAUAGAUCUAAGAAUCUUAUUAUUGAAUUUACUCCAGAUGAAUUUUCAUCAGGUUUUGUUGGCGUUUCUUCGAUCACAUCUCUUGAAUAUCCAGAAAAUAACACAGUUGGAGCAUAUUAUUACAUGAACAGUGGAUUUGAGAAGCAUUCCGUACCAAAUGCAAAAUUGGGAAGUGAUUAUGUAGGCGAAACUAUCCAUACAGAGAUUAUUCAAACCUAUAUAUCUAGUGAUCCAGAAAAGCCAGGAGUUUAUAAUGUCGACUUGAGAUCAAAGAAAGAACGUAAGUAUAUUAUCUCAGAGAAUUCAGUUGUAAUGUUCUUAGAUACACCAAACUUCGAUAAAGUCAACAUCAAAGUUCAUUCAGGAAUCAACACAGUCAACAUGAGAAGCAAAUAUAAUUUCAAUAUUCCUUAUGCGGUCGUAUUCAAAUCAACGGGCUAUAUUAUAUUCCAGUCCGAUUUCACAUCUGAUAUCACAUUUGCCAUCAUGUCAUACGACAAAGAUAAGGAAUGUGACAACAAAUUAUUCUUCUCCGGGAUCAACAAAGAUUUCUAUUUCACACUAGGAAACUCAAAGAAAAUCGUUCAAUACUCUGACAAUGAGAUUCAGAUUCCAAAAGAUACAAGAAACUGCUUAUAUGUUUUCCCUUCAUCUGACAAGAUCAAUUCAAAGAUUAUUAAGACAGAACAUGACUUUACAGUCGAAGAUGAAAAAACUGUUGAAGAUACACCACUUUAUUCAGCUCGUAUUUACAGAAGUUCAGAUCCAAAAGAUAAUGAGAGUUAUGUUCAGCUCACAGGAGAUAAUAACUACAACAAUGAUAUUAGAAUGGUUACAAUGCUCAAAGAUGGAAAAGAUUUCUAUAUUGAGAUUGGCGGAACUCAUCCUCAUUGCAGGUCUUGCUGUUGGUGGCUUCUUCCUUUACAAACAUUUCAAAGGAAAUAA